AUGUCUCCAGCACCACUCACCACGUUACUCGCUGCUGCCGCCAGCGCCCCCUUGCUGUUCUCCACCGGCGUCUCGGCGCAGAAUGCCACGUCAAGGGCUCAGAUCGCGAUGGACGUGCUGCAAACGUGGUAUAACGGCACCAGCGGGAUAUGGGAUACCUGCGGAUGGUGGAACGGGGCGAACUGCUUAACGACGCUGGCCGAUUUCGCCAUUGCCGAUGAGUCCGUGAACGACGCGGUUGUGGGCGUGCUCGGAACCACCUUCAAGGUUGCGACGAUCUCGAACCCCAUUCCCGAGCGCAGCGGCGACGAAUUCUACAACAUCACCGACGGGACGCAGGCCGGCUCGCCAGAUGCCUAUCAGUGGAUGGACGGAUCUUAUGACGACGAUGCGUGGUGGGCGCUUGCGUGGAUCGCGGCGUAUGAUGUCACGGAUGAUGAUGAAUACCUGGACUUGGCGAUUGGCAUUUUUGACCGACUGAGUCAUACUUGGCCGUCUAAAUGUGGAAACGGCGGAAUCGACUCGGAUUACUCGCACGUGUAUGUCAACGCGGUCACCAACGAGUUGUUCUUCUCUGUCGCGGCACACCUGGCCAACCGUGCCUCCGACAGCCAGUAUUAUGUGGACUGGGCGCGUCGUCAGUGGAACUGGUUCAAUGCCACCGGCAUGAUCAACGAGAACUAUACAGUCAACGACGGACUGACCAACGACUGCGCCAACAACGGUGACACAAUCUGGACCUACAACCAAGGCGUCGUCAUCGGCGGACUCGCAGAACUGCACCGCUCCGUCUCCAACUCAUCCAACUCAUCGUACCUCGACAUGGCCGAAAAGAUCGCGAAAGCGUCCAUCGACGAGCUCGCCGACGACAACUACGUGAUUCGCGAAUCAUGCGAACCCGACUGUGACGCCAACGCCACGCAAUUCAAGGGCAUCUUCAUCCGGAACUUGAAGCUGCUGCACUCCGUCGCGCCGGACGACGUAUAUGAGAAGGUGAUCCGUGCCUGCGCCGACAGUAUCUGGGACAACGACCGCGACGAGCAGAAUCAGUUUGGAAUCAACUGGGCUGGGCCUGUUAGUGCGAUUGACGCGUCGACGCACAGUUCUGCGAUGGAUGCGCUAGUCGCGGCGAUUGAUGAGGAUUGA